CUGCCGCAUCAUCAGUUUGAGCUGUGAAUCAUUGACAGGACAUACGCUAAAAAGCAAGAGAGUGUAAUCUAUAUAAUGGCUGUAAAGACUGAUCCCCCUCUCAUCCUGGGUCAUAAUUUAUGGGGAACCUUAACACAUCAUUGUGGGUCUGACCUGCAUCAUCAUGAUGUGGCUGAUGGGCAAGACAGAAUAUAUAUGGAUUACAACGCCACCACACCAGUCGAUCCAGAGGUGGUCAAGGUUAUUACUGAUGCUUUAACUGAUGCGUGGGGAAAUCCCAGCAGUAAUUACCUACCAGGUCUGAAAGCCAGAGACAUCAUUUACCAUUCCAGAGACACUAUUGCCAGGAUGGUUGGUGGAAAAGCAGAAGACAUUAUUUUUACUUCAGGAGGAACUGAGGCUGCAGAAUUGGUAAUCUUAAAUCUAGCAGAGUAUGAAGCCCAUUUCCUGGACAUCCGAUGCUAUCUAGAGCAGAAGCUGCUUACAUUUUGCCCAACACAUGCAAUGUAUCCAUUUCGGGAAGGGGACUUCAGGGUGAGUGAAUGA